AUGCCACUCCGCUUCAUUGAAGUACCGAAUCCCGAGGUCCCUGCUUGGGGCGAGCUUGAAUUGGAUGUCUAUCUCCUUUCUGAAUGGGACAAACCUCACCCUGACCCCUUGGUGUCCAACGAAUCCCCUGCCGACCGCAAGCCGCCAGCCUCUCCCACUCAAGCUCAAAUAGAUGAUAUUCUUCGUCCUGCACGGCCUGAAGCACUGCGUGUGUACGGUCAUAAUACUGGUGCCGAUGCAGGAUGCUGGAUUCGUCUCUGCUACACAAAUGAAGAGGGUCAUAAUGCUCUAUGGUCUGCCAAUGAAUCCGCCCAAUGGGUGACUUACGGCGGCGUUGUGCUUGAUGACGAAAGUAUCUUCGGUGGCCUGGAUUUGGCAGCUGCCCUGGAAAUAUUUCCUGAGCGUGUCACAAACGAGGCGGUCAAUAUUGAGCUUAGAGAGGAGAGCCUCAAGGACGCAAAAUGGUCCGCUGAAGAAGGCGACUGGGCUGAAAACCCCCUUGGCCCAUAUGCUCUGUAUCAGGCGGAUUGUGUUGUUACCCAUAUGUACGUGGAGGAUGAUGUUGCGGUAAAUGGCGGGGGUGUGUUACACGUGUUUUUGGACGACCGUGGGAAUGUGGUCAGGCAAUGGCGGGUGCAAGAUGAUGGGUCGGAGAGUAACUAUGAUGGCACUUCGUUUGCGGGCGUUUGGAAAGUGGCUUUUGAAGGCGAAAAGGGAGAAGUCGGUCCUGCUUACCGCGAGGGCGAAAGAACCGCGGCGCCCCAUACACAUCUGGAAAACCUGAGGUUGUGA